GACGCUUUGCCUUUACCUCCUUCUUUUCUUGGUUCCGAAAAACACGGCCCUUUUAAAGUUCCGCGGGGGAAGAGUUAGGGGGGCACUGAUAUACGAAAGAAAAGGGACGAAAUAGAGGAAAGGGAGUCCUGUCCUCGAUUCACGGUUGUCAAAUCAAAAGGUAUCGAAGGAUCAACGCGGAAAGGAGGUCUUGACUGCUUCACACACGACAGAAAUACGUAAAAUGGCGGAGCCGGACAAAUUGAACAUCGACUCCAUAAUUCAGCGUCUCCUGGAAGUUGGUACAGUUAAGGGCUCUCGGCCAGGCAAAAACGUUCAGCUGACAGAAAACGAGAUCCGCGGCCUUUGUCUCAAGUCCCGUGAAAUCUUCCUCAGCCAGCCCAUUCUGCUCGAGCUAGAGGCACCACUCAAAAUCUGCGGUGAUGUCCAUGGUCAGUAUUAUGACCUCCUGCGUCUGUUUGAGUACGGAGGCUUCCCCCCGGAGAGCAACUACCUGUUCCUGGGAGACUAUGUGGACCGAGGGAAACAGUCCCUGGAGACCAUCUGCCUGUUGCUAGCCUACAAGGUCAAAUAUCCAGAGAACUUCUUUCUGCUGCGCGGCAACCACGAGUGUGCCUCUAUAAACCGCAUUUACGGCUUCUAUGACGAGUGUAAGAGACGAUACAACAUCAAGUUGUGGAAGACUUUCACAGACUGCUUCAACUGCUUGCCUGUGGCUGCCAUCGUAGACGAGAAGAUCUUCUGUUGUCACGGAGGCCUGUCUCCAGACCUCCAGUCCAUGGAGCAGGUACGCAGAGUAAUGCGCCCCACAGACGUGCCCGACCAGGGCUUGCUGUGUGACCUGCUGUGGGCCGACCCAGACAAAGAUGUCCUGGGAUGGGGAGAGAAUGACCGUGGAGUCUCCUUCACAUUUGGGGCAGAUGUGGUGGCCAAAUUUUUGCACAAGCACGAUAUGGACCUUAUAUGCAGGGCACAUCAGGUCGUAGAAGAUGGCUACGAGUUCUUUGCAAAGAGACAACUUGUUACCCUGUUCUCGGCUCCUAACUACUGUGGGGAGUUUGACAAUGCUGGUGCCAUGAUGAGCGUGGACGAAACCCUCAUGUGUUCCUUCCAGAUUCUCAAGCCAGCCGACAAGAAGCUGUAUUCCUACGGAGGCGGCGGUAUGGGGUCUGGAAGACCCGUCACUCCGCCAAGAAAUUCAGCCAAGGGCGGAAAAGCCAAGAAAUAACACCCGCUGAACCUCUCUCCCCACCUCAGCCGCCCCCAUCACCCCCAUACUCUUCCUCUACCUUCCCACUUCUUGUUCCCUCUUCACCAAACAGCAACAUGGCAAACAGUACCCAGGGUUCAGUCCUGUUUUUCUCUAAAACUACUGUUUUUAACUGUUUGUAUGAAUGUGUGAGAGAGGGGGUUUGUUGUACUGUGUGUGUGUGUUCUCCCCUUCUCCUGCUCUGUUAUCCUGUCACUUUGAUGAUGAAACUGGCCCUUCCUUUCAGUGGUGUAAAUGCACACGCAGGCGCUGUGGAGGAUAAGGGGAAGGAUGGGGGGGGGGGAGGAUUGUGGGAGGUGUCUACUGUGUAUGUUAAGGCCCUGCACUGUUUUAAUGCUAAACACAAGCUUUUGUAUAUCCUGUUUGAGAGGUUUGUGUGUAUGUAUGUGUGUGAGUGUGUGUAUGUGGGGUGAGGGGGGGGGGGUCAAGUUGCACGGUCAUAUGGUAACGGCAUGCACCACUUCGAGCACAGGUGGAUAAGUGCAGAUGGAUUCUUGAGUCGAUGGAUUCACUUGGAGCAAGCAAGGUGGACACAGUUCUUUUCUUUCCCUUUGAAAACCAAUGAUUUGAUAACGCAAUCGUGGAUGUGAAAUAGUUUUGCUUCUUUUUUUCUUUUCUUUUGUAGAGGAUUCAACAUUUAAAACUAACGGGUUGAGUUUAGUCUAUUUGGAAGUCAUUGAUUAAAUAAAGAGAACCAUUUAUUUGAAAUUUGCCAUCAUAUGUUUCACUGUCUUUUCACCUCACCAUUGCUUUUCCGUAGAUGUGAAUUGUUGAGUUCUUAACCAACUGUCAUCCCUACUUGCUCCUAUUUGUCUUAAAAGUUAAAACUAAAAGUUAAGUGUGGGCUGUCAGUGACUAAGAAAUACCCAUUCUCUGUGCUGUUUCAGGAUCUCAAGUCUUUUCUAUUAUCCUCCUUUUUUCAAUGACAUUUUGUCUGUUUCCCCCUCUUCUCUCACUGCCCUUUCAUAUUCACUCUUUUCUUUGGUUUACUAUAAGAACUUUGUACCUCAACUUUGACCACUAUGCUUCUGCUUCAACCCACUUAUUUAACAGUUUCAUGUGAAAAGAGAUGAUGCUCAACAACUUGAUAGACUGCAUUUAUGGUAAUUUUAUUUGCAAGGUUUUACCUUUGGGCAAGAGACCCCAGGUUUCGCACUAACUGAACUGAAGGUGCAUCUCAAACUUGCCAUUGCGUCAUUACUAAAGUAUUCAUUGGCGCUGGACCGACGGGUCACCAGGCCUUCUGAUGGGUACUAUACAGUAGCUGGUAUAGAUCUUACUGAUUGAGUGAUGGUAUGUUGAUGACUUGAGAAUUGCAAAAGAGAUGAUGUGCUUGGGGGGCAGGCGUCAGUAAUUAAUGAUUCAGAAACGGGUGGUAAAUCAUAUUCGAUAGAAUAAAGGAGAAACUUUUAAAGUCGUGCUGGAUGUUUUUCAGACCAAUUAAAAUGACCUGUUGUUUCAUGCAAUGCUUUAAGAUUAAGAUCUAGAAGUCUAAUGUAGAACAUCUGCAAUGGUAGUAAAAGCAAGCUUGACUAAGACGUUAUAAUGGAGCUAUUUGUUUUCCCGUUUAUCAAGUUAUUGAUAAACGACGGUGAAAGAUUUUUGCAGGCCUUAGUAAUGCUGUCCCGAAGAAAUAUCGCUUCAAAUCCAGUUCACCCCCAUCCCUUUUCAUAUAGCUGUAUAAACUUUAUGCUUGCAACCUUGGUCUUUAUAGGUAUUUUUUGUUAUUAGAACAAUUAUGAAUAUUAAGCGUAACACCAACAAUCUGCUUUAACUGUAAACAAAUCUUUCUUUGGAUGUUAUGUUUUUACUGACAAUUAGGGCAAUAUAGAUACUGCGAGCUUACUGAUGUGAAAUGUUUUUGUUUUUUAAUAAAUCAGGGACGUUUCCUCCAUGCACUGUUGCUGGACAGUAGCCUACAGGCUUUUAAGCUGUCAUAUAGAUGAGCAAAUAAAGAACAGACGAAAAUCUAAAGAAUGCUAUUUUUUAUUUGUAUAAGUUGUUUUCAAACCAAUCACAAAAUCGUAGAAGUCUAUGUAACCGGGUAGAAAAUAAAAUGUUGAAUUUGUA